UCCAACAACUAUGGCGGCGUCAUGUUCUGGGCACUGGAUCUGGAUGAUUUUAAGCAAGUCUGUACACCUGUAUCAAAGAGAAAAUAUCCUCUUAUUCAGGCUGUUACAGAUGUUCUUGGUGGCUCGCCAGAAACAAAAGAGGAAAUAUGUAAUAUUUCUACAGAAACUUCUACGUGCAGUGGCAGAGCAUUUGGCAUGUACCCAGAUGAAUCUGAUUGCAGCAAGUUCUAUAUCUGCGCACUCUUUGGAAAAUUCAGAAUGAGCUGUCCGGCUACCUUCGUGUGGAACCCUGUCAUCAUCAGCUGCAGCCAGCGAUCUCUUGUCAACCUCUGCUUCUGCAGGGACCACCAGCAAGACUCUUUGCUAUUGGCCAGAAGACCAAUAACACCCGCAGUUAUUGGACAAGUGGUCAGCAAGACUGUAGAUACCGAAAACAAGCGAUAACAUACGAAAACAAACGAUAACAUACGAAAACAAGCGAAACGGACGUGACGAGAUGGUGUAGAAAGAAGUGGAGUGUUCAUGAGGUCGAGCGCUCGCGAAUUAUUUGACUGGUACCAUCGUCUUCUAUCACAUCACAUGCAUUCAACGAUCGACACCAAAGCCAGUUUUGCGAGCGAUUCUCCUGAACUACUGUAAUUGAUAUUUUUGUUAGCAGUUUGUACGAGGUCCUGUACUAGCGAAAUAACCAUGUAGUGUAUUACACAGAGCUUAUUUUGAAAGGAAAGGACAGUUUGUUUGACAAUUCCCAUUAGACCUACGUUGUUUAAUAAGCGGCUAUUGGUACACUAAGAGACGAAAUAGGCCAUUAUAUUUUCCAUUAGCAGCAAGUGGAUGGCUCAUUGUUUUGAAUGAAUGUUUCCCGCAAAUAGAAUGGUCUUUGCUAUAUACUAAUGGAACAUUGCUUGGAGACUCUUGUUUGAGUACCAGUCAAUUUCUCAGACAAACUGGUGUCAGAAUACAUUUUAAAAAAAUUCAAGGUUCUUCCUUGCCACAUU